CAAAAGCAUCCAAGAUGCGAAAAAUCCAAACCAUCGUGCUGCUGCUGUGUUUGCACAAAGUCACGUGCAGGCGUCUGCAGAUUCCUGAGCUGGGCGUCAGUGACUGGGGAGAGAGUGAUAAUGAGGGCAACGAUUCUCCCAAAGGGCCAAGCAGUCACAUGCCAAACCCUCUGCGCUUGUUCUCCAGAGGAUAUCGUGCUCUCAAGAGCAGCAUGAGACACAUGACAUAUUUGGAAAAAAUGGAUGACUCCUGGGACUGGUUAUCUAACCAGACAGCUGUUGGGGAGGCGCAAAGCAGGACUAAACGCAGACCCAUAGUGAAGACGGGAAAGUUCAAGAAAAUGUUUGGCUGGGGAGAUUUCAACUCCAACAUCAAGACAGUGAAGCUGAACCUCCUGAUCACAGGGAAGAUAGUGGAUCACGGAAACGGGACAUUCAGCGUCUACUUCCGGCACAACUCCACUGGCUUAGGCAACGUCUCGGUGAGUUUGGUACCACCAUCCAAAGUAGUGGAGUUUGAAAUGGCACAACAGAGCACAGUGGAAACCAAGGACACUAAAUCCUUUAACUGUCGGGUUGAGUAUGAAAAAACAGACCGGAACAAGAAAUCAGGGAUGUGCGGCUUCGACGUCUCAAAAACAUGCUACCAGGAGCAGACACAGAGCCACGUCUCAUGGCUGUGCUCCAAACCCUUUAAGGUCAUAUGCAUCUACAUCUCUUUUUACAGCAUCGACUAUAAACUGGUGCAGAAAAUCUGUCCUGAUUAUAAUUACCACAGUGACACACCGUAUGCCUCCACAGGAUAAUCUCACCACCCGAACUUGACUCAAACCAACCUGGGCCAAAUCUGCAGCUCAAACCAGGCCCAUUACUCACCAACCAAACCAUCUCCUAUAGUCACUGCUACAUCUCCUCCAUAGGGUAAAGCUCUCUCCCCAAAUGUGGCCUGAUUUCAAGGUCCAGAUCUCUCACAAUUUUGGUCCAAAAUCUCUCUCAAUCUUGUGGGUUGGCUCGCUCUGACCUGGGAUCAAA